AACGCCAUAUUCCAAGAACCACAUCAGGAAGAUUUACAAUAAAGCUCUCACUAUACUAUAGUGUAGCAAUAUUGAUCUGAAAAAUAGGAUCAUUUUACGAUAUGAGAUGACUAGGCUAUGGUGGUAUUGGAGUAAAAUAUUGGAGACUGACUUGCUGAGACAAAAAAGCGGUUACAGAUAGAAUGGGCACAUAAAAUUGUAUUCAGUUGUCUCUACCAUGUUAAUUAAUAAAGGGGAUAUAAUCCUUUGUGUCCCUCACUCUGGUAUAUGUUGAAGCACAUGGGCUUGCAUGGGUUUUAAAAACAAACGCUAAUGGGCAAAUCAACCAUCUGUUGUUAUGACAAAACACAGCUUGAUAUGGUAUCGAUGAUGUGGUGAUGAUUUACUAAGAUAUUCAAGAUAGGUUUAGAAACAUGUCCUCCAAACACCGUGAGAAAAUUAAAAGUUUAAAGGCACUGGAUGAUUCCAAGUUGUUCAAGGCCGAAUCACCAGUUAAGUACUUUUCUACAGAUAAAUCCUUUUCGCUCGGGAGUGGUUCAAUGGGCACAUGUGUUUAUCUUGGUGUUAUGGAAGAUGGUAGUGAAGUGGCUAUUAAAGCAAUGAUACUUCAAGUAUCUGAAGAAAUAGCAGAAAAUGAGAGAAACAUUCUAUCUCUAAUUCAGACAAAAAAUUCGCAAUUUGUUGUAAACUACCGACAUUUUUUUCGAGACAAGACUUUCAUGUAUUUGGUUAUAGAUCUUUGUGAAGAGACGCUAAAGGAUCAUGUUCGUUCCCAAAGUCCAGACGAUCUGCGAAAACAUGCUCGACGUAUGAUUAAAGAGAUCUUAUCUGGUCUGGAAUUUCUUCACAAUCAAGGAAUUUUGCACAGAGACCUUAAACCGUCCAACGUCUUGGUCGACAUUGGGGGUCAUAUGAGAUUGGCAGACUUUGGAAUAAGUCGUAUCUUAAAGGCAGAGGAAACUACAGUUUUACUAAUGCAAAAGGAACUCCAGGAUGGAUGGCUGCGGAAAUAA